AUGUACUUCAAAAACCUCUUCUUGUCCCUCUUCCUGGUCUUCGCGGCUGGACUCGCUCUGGUCCACGCUGCGGAGUCUAAGGAACCACGAGGCCCCAAGAUCACCACCAAAGUCUACUUUGACAUUGAGCAUGGAGACAAGCCCCUGGGACGAAUUGUGAUGGGAUUGUACGGCAAGACCGUUCCCAAGACCGCUGAGAACUUCCGGGCUCUGGCUACUGGCGAGAAGGGCUUUGGCUAUGAGGGCUCUACUUUCCACCGUGUUAUCAACGAUUUCAUGAUCCAGGGCGGUGACUUCACCCGCGGUGAUGGCACUGGCGGCAAGUCGAUCUAUGGUGAGAAGUUCGCGGAUGAGAACUUCAAGAUCAGACACACCAGAAAGGGUCUUCUCAGCAUGGCGAACGCUGGCCGGGAUACCAACGGCUCCCAGUUCUUCAUCACGACUGUUCCUACUGCAUGGCUGGAUGGCCGCCACGUUGUGUUCGGCGAGGUCCUUGAGGGCUACGACGUUGUUGAGAAGAUUGAGAACGUUCCCAAGGGACCUGGCGACAAACCCGCCACGACCGUCAAGAUCGCAAAGAGCGGAGAGAUCAAGGACGAGACCACGGAAUCUACCAAAGGUAGCCAACACGAGGAGCUCUAA